CAUACAAGCACGACAUGUGAGCUCAAAUAUGAGAUGAGAUGUUGUACCCAAGGUGGUGAGAACCAGGGUAUAGGAAAGGUCCAUAAAGCCCUACCUAUAUUCAUCCUUCAAGACAAGAACAAGGACAAUAAUCCUCUUCUCUUCUCUUCUAAUACCCAAAAAAAAAUCAUCUUCUAUCAACCAAGACCAAAGCAAAAUAAGGAAAGUUCAAGAUGGCCCGCAACAGCAGCAACAAUCUUUGUUGAAGACUAAGACUGAUGCCAUCACCCUCCGCGGCAAUAUCAUGGCCCAGGAGCGUCGUGUCUGCGCCCACUGCGGAAAGCACUCUGGCCUCGAUGACCUAGUCCACAAUGCUCUCGCAGUGGGUAUCCACAGUCACGACUUCAUGCUUGAUGUCUUGCAGCAUGGACCGAAGAAUCCUAGUCCGUCUCAUAACCUGUUCUGCUCGAACUGCGGGGAGCAGCAUGAUGGGACUUGUAUCUGGAUCCCUAGCCUCCCAUGGUAAUGAACCUGGGUAGUGUUUGGUACUACUGCUGUUGUUAUUGUUAUUAUUAUUAUUGUUGUUGUUGAUAUUGUUGUUGUUUUUCUGGAUUAUAUAGCGAUGCAAUGAGAGUGUUGUUCAAGAAA